CUACUUUUCUAAUCGUUGGGAACGAACGGAUCUGAUGACAAGUGCAACGAAGUACGAAAGAGCAAGUGGCAAAUCAACCAGUUAUAUGGUUUCACUUACGCUAUAAUUAUAUUACGGCACUUAGGUCCGAUACGGACCCGUACGUUUUUAACAUUAAAUACGUUCUGCUUUUUUAAAGGAAAUUAAGGAUUAAUGAUUUAUGCAUACCUGAUUUAAUUUCUUUUUAUAAUAUAUUUAAAAUAUUUAAAAUACUUGUCUGGCACUGUGGAGCUAAAUUCUAGAUCUCAUAUGCGUAGGGAUUUUAACAUUACCUAAGUAAUAUAAAGCGUAAGUUACUUGAAAAUAUAUAGCUGAUGUUAUUCUCACUGGUUCUAAUGUUCUGAUUCCUAUCCAAAACGCCUCUGGUUUAAAUAGCAAGCACAGAGGUACACUACUGAGAAGUAUAAUCAAAACGUAAAUAGUACAGAGGCUCCAAUCUGAGUUUUCUUUAUAAACCUAACACAUUUUUUUCAUGUUAAUUGACGACGAAAUUAUUUUGGUUAGUGUUGGCAACAGGGAUUACUUGCCUUCUGUUUCAACGAUAUGAAGUUCAUUUAUAUAGCACGUACUGAGUUUAAAUUUCCAUUCAUUUAAAUUAACGUGCGACAUCUAAUGGAUUUCAGCUUUAUAUAAUAUACUAAAUACGAAUAUUCCUGUCCGAAUGUGGUACAUUAGAAGUAAUUACAAUUUUCAAGCAAACCAUUUAAAAAUAUCCUAAACAUGGAAACAGCUAUAAUUUUAUAUCGGGCUGAUGAUAGUUGUAUAAUGGGAUUAAUCGCACAAUUAUUUGUGUAGGAAGCCGUAAUUCCAGAAAUAAAAAAAAUUAAGUCACAUCAGAUCAGCGCGGCCUCCCCACCCUCUUUGAAGUUCCGUUGAGUUUUGUUGUAGUGGAAGAGCCCUACGGCCAGUAAGUGCUACCUUCAGGCAACGCUCGAUUUAGUUUUCGUGUAAUACUGGAUACGCCCAUCAUUCACCAGCUGGAAAACGAGAGAUUAUAACCUGUAGCAUCAAGACAUCCCUUUCAUUGGAGCUUCAAAUAUAUCGAGAUCGUUCGAAUCCACAUAAGAACGACAUGGCCUGCGCAAUUCAGUACGUAGACGAGUUAGUACGAGACUACCUUCUCUAUCGCGGAUUUGUUAGUACAUUGAAGUCGUUCGAAGUCGAUCAAAAGAAUGACAGGACUCGUGCCAUGCGGGCAGACAAAAUUGUGGAGUCACUCGCCGGACACAUUGAUGCGGGCGAACUGGAGACGUUGCGCGAUACCUGGCACCAUCUUGAUACUCAGAUGUUCCGUCGGCUGGAGCACUCGUACCAGAACCCGGUACGAAAAAUGGAGCUUGGUCUUUACCGAUUUUACCUAGUCACGUGCGUCAGUACGGGCAAGGCAGACAAGGUAACAGAGUUCUUCGAAAAGAUGACACCGGAAAUUCAAGGCCAACCUGAAUGGAAGGAAUGGUUCGUCCUACCGUUCGUUAAAGUACCCGAGGAGAACCCUGUGUUCCAACUUUACUUCACCCGCCAUUGGCAAGAAUCGCUCAUGGUGUCGCUUCGAAAUCUUCUCUCAGUGGUAUUUCAAAAUGCCCCGUUACCGACGCUUCUGCAAUAUGAGGAGGACGCCAAUCGAAUCAAGGAGCUGGAAGAAGAGAAUGAAUCUUUGCGGCGCCAGUUAGCCGCACUUCGGGGCGAAGCUGAGGCUCAGAAAAAAUCGGAAUUCAGUCCUGAGCACGCUCUUCGAGCUCCCGAUGAACUGAUCGAUGAUUUUUAUGUGAUCGCUCAAAGUCAACAGAGCAAGUAGUUGGGUUGUUACGUAAACAUCAUUGCUAUGGUAUGAAUUCAGCAAAAAAAGAUAGACAUUAAUUUAAGCUCGUAAGUUAGUGUGUUCGUUAAUCUCUUCUCAGUUCAAUAAUUAGACACAAACGAUUGAAACUUGAAAAGGUGUACGCUAUAUGUGAGAGACGGAUUCGCGUCGUUUUGUAGAAUUCAUUUCUCGUACAAGACUGUGGUUGUUUACACAACAAGUCGCAUUUCGCUCUGACUGACAGUUUUCCUACAAUAUUUUAUUCGUGUUACUCAUUUUAUGAACAUUUAUAAUGAUAGUAAUUGUAUAACAGUAUGCAGUUGCGUAAUUAGGACACCACACAAGACCUGUCCGAAUCUCAAAACAUGUGGCUUGCGGUAAGCGAAUGACUAAAAGCCCAUAUUUUUUCGAAUAGCUAACACUAAGCGUCUACAAUUGUCCAUUUGUUGAAUAAGUACUGACGAAACCUUAUUGGCCGUUUAACAUUUGGAUAGAUAAGGCUUGAAGGUUUGAAAUGUAUCUAUUCAAUAAAAAAAUGCCACUUAUGGGUUGUGCACAGACAUUUGAUAACUAUUGAUUUGCUGGAGUUUUAGGUUGAAGCCGGAACACUCGUGAUUUUUAACAUUUUUUGUUCAUGUCACACAUUUUACAAUAAACGAAAGUCACUGAUAUACCUUACAUCUAAACAGUUUCUGUAAAUACACUUAGGAGAAAUAUGUAUGCGCAUAAAAAAAAUGUUAAAUUUAUAAUCAUGCGGCUAUGAAGGAAUGGUUGACCAUUUCGCAUAAGCACAACACCGCUAUCGAUAAAACAAUAUGGAGCUCGUUACCUUUGAAUGGCAGCGUUAAUAUAUAGAAUGUAGAAUAUAUUACAUGAGGGUGUAAUUAACAGUAAAAAAAAGAUAAAUAAUCGUAUAGGAUAACGGAAGGGCAGUAACCGUUUUACCACUUUGUAAAUAGCAUAAAAAAUUAGAGCUUUAAUUUAUUCGCACCGAUGCGCACCGAUCUAUCUAUUAUAUGCAACAGGUGAGAUGAUUAUAAAUUAUGGAAGUUAUAUUUUGAGUAAUAAAAAUUCCAAGUUACCUGGCAAGAUUAUUUGCUUCGGUGUUAUUUUAUAGUUAUGAAAUUGAGACAAAACGUUAA